UUCUAUAGGAGCAAAGGAACUAAAAUCUAAUGCAAGUCUGUGGUUGGAUAUCGCUCUCUGUAGCCACCAGGGCUUUCCCAGUCCACCUCAGGAGGAUGUCCUCUCCACCCCUCAGCUCCACCCCCCGUACCCACCAGACUGCCUGGAUAAUCCUUGCAAAGGAUUACAUGGUUGGAAACAACUCCUUCCCAGAGUUCCCUGUCUUUGCCAUGGGGAAAAAGGUUCUCUCCAUUGCUCUAACUUCCAGAGUCCCUACUGUAUGUGUGCCACUAACCCCCAUAGCAUUCCUGUCUCAUUCCAGUAUUGGACUGUCUCUAUCUCACAGUGGGAAAGGGGCUGUCUGCAAACAUCUGACUUUUGUCUCCUCCAACCUUUGCCAUAUAUGAAACCAGUUUUACAAUCCAAACUGUUGGUAAGCUAUGCCCCAUUCCUAUUUGAGUCCCUACUUAGCAGCAUCUGCCUCUUCCCUUAUUUCUGGUUUUAUUUUUUAAUUCCUUGAUCCUGGUUGUAGUGACCCCUCUGACCCUGAACGCAUGCUGAGGUUUGCUCUAGCCCUAAGUGUUCCUCCUCCUCCUCAUCUGCUUUCAGCUUGCACUGAAGUAAAUGAGCGCACCUUCCUAGCCAUCAAGCCAGAUGGGGUGCAGCGGCAUCUCAUAGGGGAGAUCAUCAGGCGCUUUGAAAAGAAGGGCUUCAAACUGGUGGGAAUGAAACUCAUGCAGGCCUCGGAAGACUUGCUGAAGGAGCAUUAUAUAGCCCUCCAUGAUCGCCCCUUCUACAGCCACCUGGUGGAGUACAUGAGAUCGGGUCCUAUUGUAGCCAUGGUCUGGCAGGGGCUGGAUGUGGUAAAGACAGCUUGUGCAAUGAUUGGACCCGGCACCAUCCGAGGGGACUUCUGCAUUGAAGUCAGCAAGAAUGUGAUUCAUGGCAGCGACUCAAUCGAGAGUGCCCGGUGGGAGAUUUCGCUCUGGUUCCACACAGACAAGCUGAUCUGCUGGGCGGACAGCACUGAGCACUGGAUCUAUGAGUAAUAAGAAUGGUCUGGGGGAAGGGUAUCUUGCUGACGCUCAGGCACAGUACGAACCCAUCCAUUUCCAUUUCUCCUUCUCUGGAGUCACACUGGACUCUCUCAUAGUGUGUUUUUUUCAUAGGGUGUUUCUAUCUAGAGGUGGGUGGAGGGGUAGUGGGAAGUCUUUUGUGCUCUGGUAACUGACUAAAUCGCAGCUCUCUGGGAUAGUAGCUACUUGGUGCUGCUGGUCUGGUUCUGUCGCUGCUCUGCAGCAUCCUAAAAUCCCAAGGGGUUCAAGGUGACCUGCAAAGGAAAGAAAAAUGGGCUUGUGCCUUUGGCAUCUUUAUAAUGUAUAGAAAAGACCUGAAAAUUACAUUAGAAUUUUAGGUCCUGUCUACUAUUGAAGACUCUCUGGUGAUUGGAGAACUAUUGAUAUGAUGACAUCACAAGCAGUAAGAGAGUGAAAGUUGAGCAAUUUGAAGAUUUUGAUUAGAAGGAACCCAUUGGAUGAUCUUGUCUGACCUUCUGCAUAACACGGACCAGGAAACCUCACCCAGUAAUUCUUGCAUCAAGCCCAUAAUUUUUGG